AAAUAUCAAAACCACACACGUGUCAUCAUAUAAUUGGUCCACAGCUUGCCAACAAGUCUUUCAGUCUGAUCUUCUCAUAUUUUCUGACAAACACUCGUCUGCUCAUGGAACUCACUGCCACAACAAACCCCCUCUUAUUUCCCACCAAUCCAAGAACAAGAAAUCCAAUCAUCACAUCUUUCAAAAGAUCAAAUCUUUUUGAUGUAUAUUCAUCUUUAUACACUUCCCAAAUCACAAUUUCUGCAAACUUUAAAACCAACCAUAAAAAUCCAAUCUUUAUAACCCAUUGUUCUACAAACCCCACAAUUUCAGAUGAUAAAGAUAAUGUAAUUAAGGAUCAAGAUUCAAACUUUAUACACAAUUCAGAUGUUGAUUUCAAAAACCAACAAAAGCCCAAUAUAAACCAAGAAAAAUCAACUUCAAGUUCAUUGAUUUCUAGAGGUUUGGUUCUUGAUUUGGGCUCGGAAGGUUCUUGGGAUAGCUUUGAAGUUGGUUCUCCUGUGGUGAGAAGGUUCUUGAGUGAUGAAGAAGAGAGGUGGUACAUGUGGUACUAUGGGAGGUCAGGUGGGAGUUCGGGUUCGGGUUCGAUAGGUUUAGCGGUUUCUAGUAAUGGGAUUCAUUGGGAAAGAGGCAAAGGUGGUGUUCAGUCAGGAAGUGAUGUUGGAUUAGUCUUGAAAUCAAGUACUGAUUGGUGGUCUUUUGAUACAAAUGGUGUUAUGCCAGGUGAAAUAGUUAUCAUGUCUAGUUCCAAGAUUAGAGCAAGUAAUGCAGUUUAUUGGUUGUAUUAUACUGGUUUUAGUAAUGAAAAGAUUGAAUUUUUAGAUGAUUCUCUUGGUUUUAGCUUAGAAAAUCCUGAAAGUUGUGUUAAAAAUGGUGGAUUUGGAAAGAUUUGUAGGUCUUUGCCUGGUUUAGCUAUGAGUCAAGACGGUAGGCAUUGGGCAAGGAUAGAAGGAGAUCAUCAUAGUGGAGCUUUAUUCGAUUUAGGAUCCGAAGGGGAAUGGGAUUCGAUGUUUAUAUCUUCUCCACAAGUUGUUUUUCAUAGUAGUGGUGAUCUCAGGAUGUAUUACCACUCUUUUGAUAACGAAAAGGGCCAUUUUGCAAUUGGAAUGGCCCGAUCACGUGAUGGUAUGAGGUGGGUGAAGCUUGGGAAGAUAAUGGGGGGUGGAAGAAGUGGUAAUUUUGAUGAGUAUGGUGUGAUGAAUCCUUGUGUUGUUAGGAACAAGAAAGAUGGUGGUUAUUUGAUGGUUUAUGAAGGGGUCAAUGUAGAUGGGAGAAGGGCAAUUGGGUUGGCUCAGUCUACGGAUGGCCUAAAAGAAUGGUGUCGGGUUGAGGGUGAGCCCAUUUUGAAGUCAACUGAAGAAAAGGGGUGUUGGGAUGAUGAAGGGGUCGGGUCGCCUUGUCUUGUUCAUAUGGAAGGUGAGAAUGAUGAAUGGAGGUUGUAUUACAAAGGGAUAGGGCAAAACGGGCAUUCAGGGAUUGGAAUGGCGGUUUCUGAAGGUAAAGACUUCAAGAAUUUCCGAAGAUGGACUGGAUUUCAUCUCUGAUAGACAAACUAUACACUUAUUUGUAAAUCUAUGAUACAUUAUUAUUUGUUUGUAAUUGGUAAAUGGUUGUAUACUUAGUUUUCUUCUGCUAAA